GCUAGUGUCUGUGAAAGGUGAAGAAAGGAUUUUAUCAAUUGAAAGAGCACAAGUUCUGGUUAGUGUUGUAUAAAUAUAUUUAAAUAAACGAUGUCGACGAAGUCUUCCGUCGAUUUACGAGCGGAACUUGCUGAAUUAGUGAAACGAAAAGCGGAAAUAGCUGAUACUCUUGCCAAUUUAGAACGUCAAAUCUAUGCAUUCGAGGGUAGUUACUUGGAGGACACACAACUGUACGGCAAUAUAAUACGUGGGUGGGACAGAUAUUUAGCUAGCAAUAAAAAUACUAAUAGUAAGGCAGAUAAGCGUAACAGGAAGUUCAAAGAAGCUGAAAGGCUCUUCUCGAAAUCCUCUAUCACCUCCAUGGCUGUGAUGGAAAAUACCCAGGAAAAAAUUGACCGGUACAGCGAAUCGGAGUCCCAGAUCGGUAACAGCGGUAGCGAGGACAAUUGCAGCCUGGUGAACUCGCACGGGGGCGGGACCACCGGCGGCACGGCGACCAGCAACGGGAACAAGGAGUCCUCGGGGAAGAACCACUCGUUGACCGGCCAGUACAACCAGAACGGAUCGUUGUCGUCGUCCAGUGAUUUGCCCGGCCAGUUCGCGAACGGUCACGCGAGCAACGGCAGCCUCGAGCACGCCUCCGUCAAGGAGAACACCGGCAAAGAGACGGCGAAGAGCAAAUCGACGCCGAGCAACAGCGCGAAAAAGAACAGCAAUAAACGUUCGAGGAAUAGGUAG